CAUUAAAUACCUUAAUAUAUGAGGGGUAAUAUGGGGUUUUUAUUGUAGUUGACAAAAUCUUUCGGAAAACAACUCGCACGAGUUUCAAAAUUUAUAUUUUCUAGUAUUGCAAGACAUUAUAUUGAAGCCAUGGCGCGUCCUUUAGGUCCUGGUCCUGGAGCUUACGCGUUGCCGACAACCGUCGGGUACGAGAAACACGACACCCGUAAACAGCGAAUGCCGCAGUAUUCGUUUGGGACUCGCACAAACGUUAGUGGUUCCGGUGCUGGACCAGGACCAGGCGCCUAUCUGGUGGAUAAACUAACCCGUUAUGGAAAAGGAGGUGGCUUACAGUACACAAUUGCCCCCCUCACCAAAAUAUUAGAUAAAAGGGUUGGUCCUGGCCCUGGCGCACACGAUGUGCACAUUUUCACUGGAGUCACUGCGCCAGCAUACUCAAUGGCACCCCGGAAUAAAUAUGCUUUCGAAAAAUAUGGUCCCGGUCCAAGUGCUUAUAAGUAUGAGGUGAAGUCCAUAAAGACCGCCGCCCCAGCGUAUAGCAUGGGUAUUCAAACAAAAACGAGUAAGAAGGCCGAUUCACCUGGUCCGGCGGCUUAUGGAGCGGGCGAUCUGAAUAUCAGAUUGGUUCGAGCGCCUGAGUACUCCAUGAGUCCAUUGCAUAAUAUCCGUAAAGAUAGCGUAGGCCCCGGUCCCAAUUAUUACAAUUUGAUGUAUCAUCGUCCUGGUCGAUCUGGAAAUGCCUAUUCCUUCGGAGUGCGUCAUUCGCCCUAUGCGCCACCAAUGGUUGUUAAAUGUGACAAUAUGUAACCUAUCAUUUGCAAUAUUAGAAAUAUAUUUUGUAAUUAAAAUCAGUA